CUGCUGGUGGGUCCGAACAGCACGGGCAAGACGUCGUUUCUGGCGCUGAUACGGGCGCUGUGGGACGUAGCGUUCCGUGAAGUGGUGCCGAAUUUCCGGGAAGAGCCCUACGAUUUGGGGUCGUUUGAGGAUAUUGUUUCCAACGGUAGUAGGACACUGACAAACGAGACCCGUUUUUUUCGAGGCGAAUUCCGAUCCGGUAUUUACCUUGGUUCGCUUGAAGACACCAUCGGGUUCGCGGCAAAUUUCGAAAACUGGCAAACAGCACCGUAUCCGAAUGUGCGAACCUUUUGCUCUGAUGGCGUGAUGGUAGAGUUACGGGCCACCGAAAGCCGAGACGGGGGGGUACAGGUCCGGCUUCGUACUGGCGAAAUCACGUGGCCAGAUCCAGGUAAUGAGAUGGCAGCGACCCAUAGCUCAGGGUUUGUGCCUCUGGCCUUCCUUAACCCAAUGCUGCGGCGAAUGUUCGGCACGGAUAACCAGCAUGUAGACAGGUUCUUCGAUAUUAUGGACGCCAUAGCAGAAUCUGCCCCGCGACUUAUUGCUGCCGCGCCCACACGUUCUCGCCCUCGACGAACGUACGAUCCGGCGGUCCUGAGGGGCGAUCCCGAAGGAGUCUACAUCCCCAGUUAUCUGGCGAACCUGUCUCGUCAGGCUGGAGAUGAAUGGCAAUCCCUGAAGACUGGCCUCGAACAGUUCGGCUCCCAGUCAGAAUUGUUUGACGAGAUCCGGAUCAGGUCGUUUGGAAGAUCGGACGGAGACCCGUUCCAAAUUCAGGUUCGUAAACACAGUGGUCCUAAGUCGAGGAGGCGCAAAGGCCCUUGGCACAAUGUGAUUGACGUAGGUUACGGCGUGAGUCAGGCGCUGCCGAUGUUAACCGAACUGUUGCGUCCCGAACCUCCUACGAUGUUCCUCUUGCAGCAGCCGGAGGUGCACCUUCACCCACAGGCGCAGGCGGCUUUGGGAACAUUGUUUUGCAAGGUUGCUGCCGGAGGGCGGCAGUUGCUGGUCGAGACGCACAGCGACAACAUCAUUGACCGAGUGCGGAUGGAUGUUCGGGACCAGACCACCGGCCUAAAACCUGAGGAUGUGUCCAUUCUGUACUUUGAACCUGGGGACCUGGACGUGAAGAUCCAUUCCAUCCGGUUGGACGAGAUGGGUAACGUGGUGGAUGCCCCGCAAGGUUACCGUCAGUUCUUCACAGAUGAGAUGAUGAGGUCCAUCGGAUUAUAG